CAGGGCCCCUGGAGUUAGUCCCAAUCUGUUUCCUUCUAUUCUUUGACAGGAAGCUCCUGGAGAGCCAGCCCCCAGCCCCUCCCCGCCCCAGCACUCCCUCUCUCUUCUCCACUAUGGACAGAGCCUCCACGGAGCAGCUGCCUGCCCACUACAGACCCAGCUGACAUGGGGACUGUCAGAGCAACGCGGCUGUGCUGGGUGAUCCUCGGCUUCCUCCUAGUCCAAGGCCACAACUCCCAGCCCACCACAACGCAGCCCUCUAGCCCUCAGGAAGACAGUGCUUCCUCAGAGCCCAGUAGCCCAAGGUCUCUGUCCAGCGCCAGUGCCCCAGCCACUCCAGGGAAGGCCUCACAGGUCCCCACACCCGUGACGCCGAGGUCAAGCACCAUAGAUGGUCACUUCCAGAGCUUGCCGGGCCUGACUCCAUCCCAGCCACAACAGCACAUAUCAGCCCUUGACACUUCUCAAAAUGUUACCACCAAAUCAGCCACCAUGAACCUGAGGACCAGAGGAGACUCCACCAUCCUGCCCAGCCCUACCUCAGAGACGGUGCUCACCGUGGCCGCAUUUGGUGUUAUCAGCUUCAUUGUCAUUCUGGUGGUGGUUGUGAUCAUCCUGGUCAGCGUGGUCAGUCUAAGGUUUAAGUGUCGGAAGAAUAAGGAACCCGAAGAUCCCCAGAAGCCUGGGAGUUCCGGGCUAUCUGAAAGCUGCUCCACAGCCAAUGGAGAGAAAGAUAGCAUCACCCUCAUCUCCAUGAAGAAUAUCAACAUGAAUAACAGCAAAGGGUGCCGCUCAGCAGAGAAGGUUCUUUAAAAGCAACCUUGGGUCCCUAGGAGACCGAAGAUGAUGCAGCUGCCCUGUGACUGUAAGGAGGAAGGCGAUGGGAUCAGUAGAGGCAAUAAACCACAUAAAUUAUUUUUUUGCUUCACAUCUCCUCCAUACUACAUUACUGCAGAUCUAAAGGAUACUGACGUUCCUUCAGACUUAGGAGCAAGCUACCAACACGAAAGCCUCUCUCCCACAUGGAUGGACAGUCACUCUAGGAACACGGCCAGCUCCUCCCACCUUCUCAAUGUCAUAGGAAGGGGAAGUCUGUAGAGCAAAAGCAAGGAAAAUGACAAAGUGGCUUGGUCCAUUCUACUUGGCAUUAAAAUUAUUUUCUGGCCUGUAGCCUCAUUUCUUUUAAGAUCUAUGCUCCCAUGCACAUUUCUUAACAGAACAUUCUAGCAGCUCUGGGGCCUCCUUAUCUAGGCAAGGCAUGUAUGCAAAUUUCUGCCCCUGCGAGGAACUCUGAGAGACCUGGGAGGUGGAAAGAACUUUUUGUCAGGCCUACCUCUGUCCGUCUAGUUUACUGAGUAUGGGGAUGCAGUGACUGACUAGCCUAGCCACUCUAACAGAGGGGCGAGAAGAGGAGCUGUAGCCAGAGAGCAAUUGUCAGAGAUUGCUAGAGAAAUCUAAAUCUGUAGAGAAAUACUAAAUCUGGAGAGUGAGAACAUGGGAGACACAACAGCGUUCUGACUAGGAAACGCCGGGGGUAUGAGCUGAAUACUAAAAGGGCAAAUGUCCUCCGCCUGCCCCAGGGCAGACCUCCCUCACUGUGGUUCUGGCUGUGGGAACAACACUGGGAAGGUCUGGGCGAAGACAGGUCUGUGACUUUAUAAUGCAAAACCCACCUCUUUACCCCAUACAGCUUUAUCUUUGUGUCCUAAAAAUAAAGGAUAAUAAAUAAUGUAAAGUCAUUUAAACAGAAGGAGGAAAAGAAAGCAAUUAUCUGUUUUCUUAGUAAUCUGUGUUUGAAAAUAAAUCUUGGGAAGAGUC